UGAGUCGUUAUUAUUGCCGGGCACGUGAUUGACACGUGGCUGCUGUCAAUCACAACGCCACGGAAGAAAGAAUCUGAUUGGCUUAGCUACCUAGCGCGAAGAACAGCGCUCAAUGAAAGAGAGUAAUUGCUGAACGAUGCGAGUUCAUUGUUGCAAGUACCGCGGGCCGCGCGAGUUCAUCGUUCCGUCUAGUGACGUGGCCAACCGAAGAACAAGUUCUUGGUGAAGUGUGUCCCGACGGAUCCCGAGGAGGACACAGAAAGAAAAGAUCCCGACAAGGGAAAAGAGCCGAACAGCUGACUAUAUUAUCCGGAAGACCACCGACGAACGUAAGUGUGUUGUUGCUUCUCUUCCGCACAUUUCACGACUUAUAUUGUUCGUGAGUCUUGACGGGCCACCUUGCGAGUUUGAUGUUGCGCAAUAUGUUCCCGAAAAUCUAUUGUGUUGCGUUUCGGGGUUGUUUAUUGUAAUUAUUGUAGAUAUUUCAUUGCCACUGCUCUCGCCUUUCCGUCGCGGUCGCAACAAUCCAGAUCUCUAUCAUUACUCGUUAUAUUGAAGCGUUACAUGUUUUUUUGUUUGUUUUUUUUUUUUAUGUUUGUAUCGUGUCGAAUUCUUAUGUCUACCGCGUUCGCGGUAGUGAUAUGAGCAAGAUUUAUUAGCGUUUAUAUUGUCGAAAAAUCGUAGCUGACGGCCGCGGGAAUUAAGCGUAACAGAAAAACUACCGACAACUGUCGUUUUGUCAAAUAGUUCGCGGAGAAUUAAAAUGAAUUACGUUAAACUCGUGAGUCGUUUAUAACCCUCGACCGUCAUACGUCGCAUAAGUUGCAACAAUCUAUUUGUUGUUGAACGCAAUAAACUGUUAAAAGUCUUAUUUUAUUUUUCAUCUAAUUGUGUGCAUUAUUUACUGAUUAAGUUUCUCUGCUUUUAAACAAUACGGCCUCCUGAGUUCACGCGCCUUUCCGUAUUUAAUACUUAAGAACCGAGCUGCCGAAAAUACAUGCCGUCACGUCCAGAAUGAAAUAAAGUCGAGUCUCAGAAUAUAAAUUUUGAGAACGGCGUGAUAAUUCGCGCUUGGCGACCAAUUACUUAAUCUUCGUGAGUAGAGUCUAAUUAAAAUCUUGCAAAAGACGAGCCGAAGGUGUGCCGUAUCUUCGCAAUAAAAUUUAAAGCGAAGUGCGCAUCACAAAUUGGAGCCACGUUGAAAAAUAAUUAUGAAAAACCUGUAUGAAAAAUUAAUAAAGAGGCAAUUUGAAAAAAAUUAUAAAAAGUCAUUUAUAGAGAGAAGCUUAGUCAAAGAAAAUAUAAAUUGUAUUUUGCGGUUUAUCUGAUUUAUUGAAAUUGUUACAUAUGAUAUUGAUUGAAUUUAUUUGUGCAUGUGUGAUAUAAUGAUGACACUUUAAUGUUUAUUUUUGUGCUAGUCACAAUUUUCUUUCAACUAAAAAUUUAUUUUUUAUAAAAGUGUGCGUGCUCUGAUAUUUUGAGUGUCGGAAAAUUAUAUCGCGAGUGAAAUUCGCAAGUGUUAUUGGAAAAUUUUGUUGCUCGAAUAGAAUAUUCUCGCUUAUUUCAAAUAAGUUUUGGUUAGAUUGUGUUGUCUGGCUUUAAGCGAGUUUAUGUUUUCGAGAAUCAAUUGUGUUUGUAUAGCUUAGAUCGAAGCAGUUAGCUGGUGCCUAUUCUUCGUCGUGUUUAUCUCCGAUUUAUCUUAGUCUUCGCUUACUGCUGUUUUUCGUGCCUAGCGUGUUUAUCGUUUUGAAUUUUGCGUUCGUUGAGCGAGCUUACGUGACAGAUAUUCUGUACGGCCACAGUACAUAGCGAAAUAAAAUUUCUUUUCCGUUUCUUUUCCGAAAUACGUUUGAUCAGCCGGCAAUGGCUACAGAGCAACAAAAUUGGAUUUACGCAUUGACACGGGAGCGAUUGCUCGAAGAAUUAGAGAAGCGAGAGUUAGACCAGACCGGGACAGUACCGACUUUGCGAGCGCGGUUGCUUCGAUACGGACAAUAUCGCGCGCGCGGAGAAGAAUCUCCACCUACACCGGAGUCACAGGCCGGUCCGUCGCGAUCGCAUUUGGCGGUACCGAUUGAGGACGCAUCGGUGCGCCCGAACAGUUCGUCGAGUCUACUCGUGCGGGCUGAACUCGUUGUUGUACGAGCCGAUUCUCCAAUCGCUCGCGCGGAAUCUUCUUCCACGCGACAGGAACCGUCGGUGACACAAGUCGAUCGCACGAGUUAUCGCGCGCGUGAUAAUUGGUCAGCGUUUGUUGAGCCGCCGUUGGAAAGCGUGCAAUUCCCGUCAACUUCGCCGCAAUUAGAUUUACCGUACGACGAUACGAUUUCGACUUCGCGUCAUGGCUCUACAAACGCCUUCAGAGCAUACGAAAUAAUGAGAAAAUGUAACUUGAAAUUUUCCGGAGCGCGCGAUAGCGAUCCCGAAGAAUUUCUCAUAAAAAUUGAGACGACUCGUUCGAUCAUCCCUGUGUCGGACGAAGAUAUCUUUCGUUGUCUGCCGUUCUGUUUAACGGGUAUUGCUCUGUACUGGUUUCGCGCAAAGAAAUAUAGUUGGCGAUCGUGGGAAGAAUUUGUUGCCGCGUGGAGAUCGCGAUUCGACCCAGAUUUUGCAUUCACGUUACGAGAUAAGAUCCGACGUCGCACGCAGGGCAAACACGAGCCAGUUGCCUACUAUCUAAAUUGUAUGGAGGCAUUAUUCGAGCGGUUAAACCCACAAUGGCCGCUAGCGGAACAACUUAUUUACGCAUACCACAAUAUGCUGCCGCGAUUAAAGAUCUUGAUACAUAGGGAUGAUUUUUAUAAUUGGGAGUACCUGAAGCUGCUGGCUGUCGGAGCGGAGAGCUAUCGGCCUCCUCCGCUUCCGGAACAGUCAUUAAUACCGGAAUUAGCUUAUCGACCGCCGCGUAAAAAUCGAAACAGCGAGUCCUUAGCCGCGGCCGGCAUUGAGAAAAAUAAAAAGAAAGAAGGUAAAAACAAGACCAGUUCUGCUACUAUCUCUUCUACGAGAAAGAUUGACGAGACGAGGAAAACAGAAACAGCUGAUUGUCCCAAUUUAAAAUGCUGGAAUUGCGGAAAGAUGGGACACGCGUCGCGCAAUUGCACAGAAGCUAAAAAGUUGCAUUGCUACCGCUGCGGUAAAGCCGAAGUUACAAUAAGGACUUGUCCGAAGUGCGGGGAACGGAAAAAAAGUACGUAGAAACGAGUUCCUGCAACUCUUUCGCACGCGCUUGUGAGGCUAGGAAAAAUUUUGCUGUCAAAAAUAGCGUUGAUAAUAGGAGAUUGAAUAAUUCUAAUGUGUUUCGUGGAUUUGAUGUAGAUAGUUCGUAUGUUUACGUUCUAUUGUAAUGCGUUAUCAUCUUUGGGUUUUUUUCAGGUGAAGGGUUAUACGUUACCGGCUUUAGUUGAUUCAGGAUCUAGUAGGAUUAUUUUUUGAUAGAGAAGUAUUUUGAUCGUACGAAAUUUAGGUUUGUCGAUAAAACAAACUCUCGGAGAUGUCGAAUUAGAACUACGAACGGACAACUCGUUAAUAUAAAAGAAAAGAUGUGUCGAUUAGAUUAAAGAACAGAGAACGAACUAUUUCCGUCUGUUUGUUGCCAGAUUUAGCUGUAUUGUGCAUAUUAGGAGUCGAUUUUUGGUGUAAAUUUGAAGUAAUCUGGAACAUUGGCUCAGCGUCAUGAUCAUUCGCGCGCGAUAGUAAAGAAAAUUAUUUGUUUGAAUCUGACGUCUAUUGACGUGUCAGAUCAAGUGUGUAGCGGAAUAUCGGAAUUAACAUCGUCGGAAGAGAUUCGGUUAAAUGAAUUUUUAAAGAAGAAGCUGCCGACCACAAUAGAUAAUCCGGGUGUAACAAAUCUUACCGAACAUCAGAUAGACGUAAAUAAACAUUUGCCUAUCAAACAAAGGUGUUAUCUUGUCGCCUAAAGUACAAGAGGCGAUUCGAGAGGAGGUAGAUAAAAUGUUACAAGCUGGAAUUAUCGAAUCAUCGUUUAGUGAGUGAUCGAAUCCGAUCGUAAUGGCGAAAAAGCCAAAUGGUAAAUAUCGUUUUUGUCUUGAUUUCCGCAAAGUCAAUAGUGUUUCUAAAAAAGAUGCAUAUCCGUUGCCAAAUAUGAAUGGCAUACUGGACAAAUUGAGAGCCGCGCAUUAUAUUUCAACAAUUGACCUGAGCCAAGCAUAUUUCCAGAUUCCUUUGGCAACGGAGAGUCGUGAGAUUACAGCAUUUAGUGUUCCGGAGAAAGGGUUAUAUCAUUUCACUCGUAUGCCGUACGGACUUACUGGGGCACCUGCCACGUUCUAACGUUUAUUGAACAAAUUAAUUGAUUAAUUAAAUAACCUUGAGAUGAAACCUCACGCAUUUGCGUAUUUAGAUGACAUCAUUGUGGUAACGGCUACUUUUGAAGAACAUGAAUAGUUAGAGAAAGUCUUUUUAGGACAAAUUUCUUUUGAAGAACAUGAAUAGUUAGAGAAAGUCUUUUUAGGACAAAUUUCUGUUUCCGGACUUACAGUAAACCCAGAUAAGUGCGAGUUUUGCAUAUAUGUAAUACUCCUAUAUUGCUAGCGAAGGCGAAACGCUGGCGAAAACAUUACGAGACAGACAUACUACCAUGAUAAAAAAAUAACCGGAAUUUAUUCAUAA